UUCACGAUAACCAAACCAAGCUCCAGCGUCUGUGACUCUGAAGAUCUCAGUUUAGGAGGAGUUUAUGACUCUUGCAGCUUUUCUAGAACCUUUACCAAAUCGUUUCCACUGCCUGAAAGUUUGGUUGAGCAGAAACAAUUACUGUGACCUAUCGAGACUUCUGUCGUGCAAAGUUUCAGACCUCGUGGCCAAGUAAACACUUUCUGGGAAACGAGCCAAACUGACCGGCAGUUAUCUUGUAACAGAAUUUGGUUAGGGGGGGAGAAAAUAAAGGCAGACGACGGUGCGCGCGCUGCCAGCAUGGCGCAAAAAACGGAGGAAAGUGGGGUCCAUUUCGCCAAAAACUCAACGGGAAGCGGCGCCGGCUGGCUGAAUCAAUCCUACAAUGCAGACCACAACAUUUACGAAUCCGGACACAUUAAUCCGUUAGCCAGUGACAUGGAGGAACCCCGCUGUCAAACAGCUGCUGUUCCUCAGGAGGAGUUGUUAAACGCUGACUGCCGAGUGGGCGACAGUCGCUCUUUUCCUGCCUGCGCCACAAUCUCAGAAACAGCAAGGGAGCUGUGCAAAGCUGUGUCCGUGUCCCUAGGAUUGACCACUGAGUCCACUGACACGAGUGACAUGGACACUGCUCACCCCUCAUGCGCUGCAAAUGACCACAUUCGAGGAGAGUACUUAUUCAGAGUUGGAGCCGUGCCGCUGAGCUGUCCGCGCGCCCGGGCUGCUGUCAGCGAGCGGGAUGAGCUGCCCCCGCACGGACACAAGCAACUGGUGGACAUGUUUAAAAGUUCAGAGACUGGCUCGCGCUUGCAACACCUCACCUCCACUAGGACGUGUGCGGACGAUCAGAACUUCUCGCUGUGCAACUCUGGUGACAUAACUUCAGAGGAGAUUGAUCAUCUGGACCCGGCGCGUGCUGCCCCUUGCCCCUACACCCAAUCCGCUCCAGACAACUUGGCACAGUUAUCCACAGAUAGGCCAUGCCGGGUCUACAACCCACCCGAUGAAGGGAGAGACUUCGGUGAAACCAUGGAGAAGUUCGGGGGAUAUCAGCCGGAACAUUUCAACGUCAGAAUCAAAUCUGAGGACAGUGAUCACGCCGGGGCUGUGUGGGGGAGUAAUUACACCUUUAAUGAGAAAUACAGCUGUCAAGGCUGGGAUCCGAGGCAGUGCAUGAAUACAGACAGCGCGGGGACAAGCGCACCGUUCAUAUGUAAUCCAUACGAGAGGAGCAUGGCGCGUCCUGAGCAGUGGUACCCGGGCGGGAUGCUGAGGCCGCCCUAUCCCAACUCCAGCUACGUGAAGAGCGAGGUGGGCGAGUGGCUGAACGUCGCUUACAAUGACACCAGGUUUGAGUCUGGCAGAGAGCACAUGUUCCCCAUGGAGUUCUUCUUCCCACCACAGAGGAUGUGCUUGAUCUGCUCAGAUGAGGCGUCAGGCUGCCAUUACGGAGCGCUCACCUGUGGCAGCUGCAAAGUUUUCUUCAAGAGGGCGGCAGAAGCCUCUGGUUUAUCUGUCUCUACAGGCAAACAAAAAUACCUGUGUGCAAGCAAAAACGACUGCACUAUUGACAAGCUAAGGAGAAAGAAUUGCCCGUCCUGUCGACUGAAGAAGUGUUUUGAGGCUGGAAUGACACUUGGAGCACGUAAACUAAAGAAGAUUGGACAACAGAAAAACCCUGAAGAGGAGCACCCCGGUCAGGAACAAUCAGAUGCCAUGCAGAAUGUAUCUCCUAAAUCAGGCCUGAACUUCAACACCCAAAUGGCCUUUCUCAACAUCCUGGAGUCAAUUGAGCCUGAGGUGGUGAAUGCUGGACAUGACUACAGCCAACCAGACUCAGCUGCCACCCUCCUCACCAGCCUCAACGAGCUGGGAGAGAGACAACUGGUCAAAGUGGUCAAGUGGGCUAAAGGGCUGCCAGGUUUUAGAAACCUCCAUGUGGAUGACCAAAUGACUGUCAUUCAGCAGUCAUGGAUGGGGGUGAUGGUGUUCGCCCUGGGAUGGAGGUCCUAUAAGAAUGUCAACAGCAGGAUGCUUUACUUCGCUCCAGAUCUUGUGUUCAAUGAACAUCGGAUGCACAUUUCCACCAUGUACGAGCACUGCAUACGGAUGAGACACAUUUCACAAGAGUUCCUGAUUCUGCAGAUCACUCAGGAGGAGUUUCUCUGCAUGAAAGCCUUGCUCCUCUUCAGCAUCAUUCCAGUUGAAGGUCUGAAGAGUCAGAAGUACUUUGAUGAACUGCGCCUUACCUACAUCACCGAACUUGAUCGCCUCAUUAACAAUCGAAUGAAAACCAAUUGUUCUCAAAGGUUCUACCAUCUCACCCGACUGCUGGACUCUUUACAGAUGACGGUACAGAAGCUCCAUCAGUUUACAUUCGACCUGUUCGUCCAGGCUCAGUCGCUCCCAAACAAGGUCAGCUUUCCAGAGAUGAUUGGGGAGAUCAUCUCAGUCCAUGUACCAAAGAUCCUGGCAGGUUUGGCCAAACCAAUCUUGUUUCACAAGUAGAAGGAUUUUUUUAAUGAAUAAGUGACUCAUCUUUGCUGCGUCCAUAAACUUUAACAAAUGUUCUGUUUCCCUACAUCUUCAGUCUAAUGGCUCUUAGCCCUGUCCUGUAAUCUUUUCUUUUUUCCUUUUAGCCAUAAUUGAGAUACUUUGUUCAUAACCGUUAAAGCUUUUAUCUGAAGUGGUGCAAAGCAUCAUAUGUCGACUGCUCUGCUAUUUCAGAGUGCAGUGUGUGUUUGUAAUCUGGAUCAGACAUGCUACUUUACAUAAAGUUUGUAAAUCAUGACGCAGCAAGCUAUAAGUAUGAGGGUUAAAACAUAACGUUUCUUUCACCAACAUUUGGCAAGGUGUUCAAACUGAAAAAACAAACCCAGCAUGAAGAUGAUAUUGAAUCACCAUCAACUCCCCAAAACUUUUUUUUAUUUCCCUCUGUUAAUUUUCUUAAUAACCUUUUAUUGUACAUAAAGCUUUGGAGGCAUUUAAGUGUACAAGUGCCUUAAAAUCAGGAUUGUGGACCUUGAA